AUGAGGAUAUUAGAUAGACAAUCUUCUUCAUGGACAUCAUCCCCAUCCUUGUCAAGAGAUGCAUCAUCAGGUCCUCUUGACUUUACUUCUCUGGUCGUUGCUCUGCCUCAUAUCGAGGCUUCUGUUCAGCCUUCUGUUAUCGAUCCCACUUGUACCAUCGAGCCCACUCUUGUCGACGCCCCUAUUACGAUCGAUGUAGACGAUAAUAGAUCACCCCAUGAGAUUUCUUCAUUGACAUCUUCUGUGAUGCUUCAAGAUGAUAAGUUGGUUAACAUUACUUGUUUAGGGGACGAUGCGGUUCAACUCCCAACACAGGGGGAGAUAGUUCAGAAUUUUGACAUUUACGUUUUGCAUUGUUGUUUGCAGGGAGUAUCGUAUGGUCUCGACUUUUCCUCUGAUAAGGAGAUUGCAUUGAAGAGGAUUGCUAUAGAAUACUUGUGUGAUUGCUUUCUUUUGGAUGCAUCUGUAGAUGGUGCUGGGAAUGAGUUAAACCAAGCUUGGGGCAACAAUGGAGGAAGUAUCUUGUAUGUUGUUUCUGACAAUAAGGAUGCCUUUCAUAAACUUCGCUCCCGUUGGCUGAUUAUCGUUAUGGGUGCUACUAGUACAAGUGUGUCUGAUAUUUCAAGCAUGCUUUAUAUAAACAAGCCAGAAGAGUUGCCUAUGACCAUUUGCCAGUUGAACAAGAAGGCCCAAAGGAGACAAUACAGAAGGUAGCCUAGGGAGUAUGGAUAAUGGCCCAGCUGAGAGCAAAAGGGAAGACCAAAUGGAGAAGGACAGUUUGGACAAAACACCUAGGCAGCUGAAAUUAAUUGAAGCCUUUUUUCCAGAAUUCAGAGAAGAGCCUUCAAUGGUGGGGUCCAUUGACGGUUAGGAGGUGGCACAUAAAAUAGGAAAAAGCAGGGAUGAGUAGCAGAUUAUGUUGGAUGUUAUUUUGAGUUACUGAAUAGAAUUGGAGAGGGCUGGCUCUCAGAACCCAGCAUUCCUGAGUUUAUUUUUAUUUGCUGUUGUUAUUGCUGUUAUUGUUUUCAUUAUUAUUAUUGUUCUUGAUGAUGUUUUGUGGAGAACCUUGUUGGUUGUGUUGAUGAACUUAUUAUUGAAGCUUGAGCAAGAUACUGAAAUUUCUGUGAUCAUGGACAUGGAAUGAAAUAGUAAAAAUCUGCUUGACUUUAUUCAAUAGAAAUCUUCCAGUUA